AUUUGGGUUAAGAUGAUGGAGUACAUGGAGGAUAAAUUCGCGUUGAAAAACCAAACGAUGAAGGCCAGCGAUUACUACAUGGACCAAGUCAUGGAGAGCCUGGACAGCGCGCAGUACUUCACCAAGUCCUCCCCGAAAUGCGUGCAGGCCUUCGGGCUGCAGAGCGGGGAGCACCGCGCCUCGCCGUGCGGAGACCAGAACGGAAGCUACGGUGUGCCAAAACCAGACGAGGACCCUUUGCACACGGACCUCGGCCGGUCUAUGGAUAACUGCUGCACUCUGCGCGCCUCUCCGGUGAGCACCGGGCAGGACAAACCGGAUUUGGACGACAUGGGAGACAAAUGCGACAGCAACGUGUCCAGCAGCAAGAAGCGGAGACACCGCACCACCUUCACCAGCGCGCAGCUGGACGAGCUGGAGAAGGUCUUCCAGAAAACACACUAUCCAGAUGUGUAUGUGAGGGAACAGCUGGCCAUGAGGACGGAGCUAACAGAGGCCAGAGUGCAGGUGUGGUUUCAGAACAGAAGAGCCAAAUGGAGGAAGAGAGAGCGCUACGGGCAGAUCCAACAGGCCAAAACUCACUUCGCAGCCACCUACGACCUGUCAGUGUUACCGAGGACCGACAGCUACACACAGAUCCCCAACAACCUGUGGCCCCCUCCUGCUCCGGGGGGCUCUGUGGUCUCGUCCUGCAUGCUGCCCCGAGGCUCCCCCCCCUGCGUCUCCUCGUACUCCCACCCCCCCCGCCCGGCCCCCGGCUCCUCAGAGCACGGCUACGUCAGCUUCCCCGCCCAGCAGAACCAGUUCAGCCACGUCUCCUUAAACAACUUCUUCAGCGCCGACUCCCUCCUCACGCCGGCCCCCAACGGGCACCACGUGGCCUUCGAGACCAAACCCGAGUUCGAGAGGCGCUCGUCCAGCAUCGCCGUGCUGAGGAUGAAGGCUAAGGAGCACACGGCCAACAUCUCGUGGGCCAUGUGAUCAGGACUGUCUGGAUGAUGUGUGGACAAUAUCUUUCUCAGUUAAGAGUGUGAGGAUUGCCUUUACAACAAGCUGUUUGUCAAUCAACACAUUUCCUUUAAUAUAAAACUACAGACUAGAUGUCACUUAUUUUAGACAGCUGUGGCUCAGGUCUGUGAUUCUAUUCCCACCUUAAUCACUGGGAAAGAAAUCUAAACUGAACUGCUCUCGUUCGCUUCUAUUGAAGUCCUUUUUUUGUGGGUGAAAGCAUAACCAAAUACAGUGCCAUGUUGUGAGUGAAAAUCUGCCCUAAAAAAAGGUGAUAGACAAUUUCAUCAUCAUACUAUCCUGCUUACAUCAUAACUUCAAAUGUGAUCAUCUGAGUCGAGAAAUAUGGAAAUGAAAAUCUGUUCAAAUGUGUGGGUGUAUUGCAAAAUCUGCAACACACUAAGUUGACGCUUGUAGCAAAGAAAAGUAAAAAGCCAUAAUGUCGUGUGACAGACAAUCAGCUGUGUUUCUGUUUCUGAGAGAUCUCGCGUGGAUUAGUAUUGAAUUACUUCGAUAAUCGUGUGGUAAAAGACACUUAAGUUGGAUAUGGACUGGAAGCAAUACAUUCAGACUUUCUUUACAGGGUAAUGUACAGAGCAUUGUUUACAGCCCACAGUCACACAUUGCAAAUGAACCCUCACGAUGUGUGGAGCUGUGAUGUGAAUAUUUGUCGUUGUUCUUUUCAAUGAGGGUUAGUGUGUCCUCUUCACUGAGACAGAAGCAGUGUGAGAGGUGAACCAGGAGAAUGUCCAGUUUGAUCUGAUCCCAGUGAGGGUGAAUGGAUCCAGAACCACUACAGUACUCUGAGCACUGGGUAUAAGCUUUCUGCAGCUUCCUCUUCAUCUUCAUCUUCCUCCCUCCAGCUCAGGACUGACGAUGAGCAGCAUAGAGACAAACUAACAGACGUGUGUGUGUGUGUGUGUGUGUGUGUGUGUGUGUGUGUGUG